AUUCGAUUGAUUUGCGUUUCAUUCGCUUCCACGUGCUCGACUGCCGCGGGUGUGCUGCCGUUGUGUUGCAAAACAAUUAACGUUUCUUUUCCAGUCGUCACUGUCUUCCCCACCCCACCCCGCCGAAAACCGCCUAUACAAUGUCGGACACAGCGUCGGAAGCGGGCGAAAGUACGAGCUCGGGCGCAGGAAAGGAACUGAGCAAAGAUCAGUUGAAAGUGCUGCGUGAUGCGUUCAAUGCGUUCGAUAAGGAGAAGACGGGCAGCAUCCCGACCGACGUCGUCGGCACGAUUCUCGAGCUGCUCGGCCACAAGCUGUCGGAGGAGGAGCUGGACGAGGUGAUCGAGGAGUACGAUGAGGACGAGUCGGGCCAGCUGGAGUUUGAGGAGUUUGUGGCGCUCGCCUCGAACUACGUCGAGCCGGAGGAGGACUACGAGGCGCUGCGCAAGGAGCUGCGCGAGGUGUUCAUGAUGUACGACAAGGAUGCGAAGGGAUACCUCCCGGUGGAAGAGUUCAAAGCGAUCCUGCGCGAGCUGGACGGUGCCGUGCCGGAGGAGGAGCUGGACGACAUCGUUGACGAGAUUGAUGCCGACGGAUCGGGCACGGUAGACUUUGAGGAGUUUAUGGAAGUCAUGACAGCCGACUACUACGCGUAAAACACCUGCGCUGGCAUAUGGGGCAUAUCUUGGCGUAGCUGCAAACGAGCGCGAACGAAACACCAGCGCUCUGAUGACGCACAGCAACCAGCACCUCCUCCCAUACGUGCAGCAUUUGGAGUAGACGAGGCAACCCGAUGCUGUGCAGCUGACACACACACACACUUUAGCAGAACAAUCCAUCCACCAAGUACAACAGUCGGGCCCGAGAGGACGACCGAUGCGUUUGUGUGUCUGUAGUGUAGAAACCAAGAGCACGCUUACUAAGAUGCUUACCGAGACAAAGUCAAGCAUAGAGACUAGAUAAUUAGUAUACCAAAGACACACAAGGGGAGACAGAGAGAGAGAGAGAAAUAGACUUUGGAGUGGUUUCGUUUUUCCGCUUGCCGCAUUUCUGUGAAUCAUCCACCGGCAGCAGGAUAGGCGAAGGCUUAGCCACUAAUGUUUCAUGUUCAUUCUCGCAAAAUCAUAUCUUACACAGGUUCACCGCGCCUUUACCACGCUUUACCACGCGUUUUGCGUUGUGCAAGGUCUUGUCAACUGAACUGAAAAUAAAUAUUUCAUGCGUUUUAGGAUAAUAUAACCUGGUUGUCUUCACGUUGGAAUGAAAGGAAGUGUGGAGUGAACGUAUGGGGACAAGAGGACAGGCGCA